AUGGUCGGCGUGAAGCUUUUUAACCACAGGGGACCUGUUUGUCGGCCUGUCAAGGCAACAUGGCAAGAUCCCAUUCCCCCCUCCCCCCGGCUACGAAGUCAAUUAGACAAGCCCCACCUUUGGUGUCUGAGUCUAACUUCGCAACCCCCUCCCUACCCCGAAAAAAACCGAGUUUAUUCGCGUUCUACUCCACCCCUCACCGGCACGCGAAAGUGGUCAGCUUUGAGUAAGUCGUGUGAGUGCGCGUUGCAGCCAGCACAAACAGUGCGUCCGCUGGUUAAGCAGUGA